UCUACGUCCAGGGCCGUACAAAAUAAAUUAAAAAAAAGUGCGUUACUGUUUAUCACUGUUUAUAGGUUAUUUUUGUGUUUAUUUUCUUGCGGAAAAUUAUUAAAUUAAUGCAAUAGAUCUCUUAUUUUAAACGCAGAUAAAUAAAUACCAAAAAUGCUCGACAAAAUGUUAUAUAACACAGUUCUUUCUCAAACGUUUUCACCGUGCGGUAAAUAUUUAGUAGCCGGCAAUAUUUAUGGUCAGUUGGCUGUUUUUGAUCUGGAUAAUAUUUUUAAUCCAGUCAUAGAACUCCUCACUGCUGAUUACAACAAACCAAAACACAUUCACACCAUUGAGUCUGGUAGUCAAGUAUGUAGUUUAGUAACUACAAACAAGUUUCUUGUGGUUGGUACAGUCAAUCAAAUAUCUGGAUGGGAUUGGAAAGCUAUAGAACAAUCGAAAUUGGGUAAGCCAUCAUGGACUAUAGAGAUACGGGCACACUCAUUAAUUGAAAACUGUGAUAUCAAUUGUCUAUGGUACUCCGAAGAAGAAGCAAAACUGUAUGCAGGCUGCGGUGAUAAUAAAAUAUAUGUGUAUAAUCUGGAGGACGGUCGACUUGUGAAUACAUAUGAAGGCCACUCAGAUUAUGUGCAUAGUGUGCAUGGCAAUGGUCAACAGUUAAUCUCAUCAGGUGAAGAUGGGCUGGUGCUGCUCUGGGACACGAGAACUAAGAAGUCACAUAAUAAAAUAGAGCCUCACACAAACAGCAAAGUAGCUCGACCUGAUAUUGGCAAGUGGGUUGGUGCAGCUGCGUUGGGAAACGACUGGGUUGUCUGUGGAGGAGGUCCUAGACUGUCCCUCUGGCACUUACGUUCCCUCGACGUGGUCACAGUAUUCGACCUCCCCGACACCGGCAUCCACGUGGCAUUCUUCCACGACGACUGCGUGUUCGCUGGCGGCACGGCCAAGCACCUCUACCAGCUCAGCUACUCUGGCGACGUCAGAGUGGAGCUGCCAGUGUCCGCGACCACAGUGUACUCUGCGGUGUUGAGGACGACUCCGCGGAAAGUGCUGGCGAUCGCGGGAUCUAGCCCGGAGAUCGAUUUGUGUACUACGUUUAAUUAUAGAGACCAAGUACUGCAUUUUCGAUAAAUGAAAAUAAAUGUAUUUUUUUAUGAGUAGGUAA